UUUUGAUAUUUUUGUGGUUCGCUUUUUAUUUUCUAAGUGGUUAAAAUAUUAUUUUGUUAAGAAAUCAGCCAAAUGUGUCAUUUUAACUGCGGAUAAUUGUUGUGUUCGGUGCAAUAUUUUUAGUUUUAUUCUUCUGCUGGUUCAUGUGCUUCAUUUUCGAUAGAUGUAAAGCUUGUGUAAAUUGCUUGUUGCUUGAUAGUUAUUUUUUCUUGGUGUUUAUUCUUAGGGGUGUCACGAACGUCUCUAGUUGGAGUGCUUGGUGAUUCAAUACUGCGAACGAAUCUAAAUGGCAUUGGAAAAGGAAUGUCUGGAAACUCUGGCAAUGGGAUUGGUGCUGCAUUCAGAGUAACUGCAAAAGUAGCGAUCAGAAACACCAAAAUUAAUCUAUUCAUAAUGAAAAACUAUUUAAAUU